AAAUUUUAGCUCUCAGCAUUUGCUUUAAGCUGAACAGGUGGCCAAUGCUGGAAUUUUCACAGCACCAAGAGAGAGUUUUUUUUGGGAUGUCAGCCUACUUUUGUUUUGAAGGAAUACCUUUCCAUGCUAUAGUGCAUAAAAGAGAAAUCAUUGAAGAAAGCCGUGAUAAAUUUGUGAUCAGAGAUGAAGACACUGUCAUACUGAGUUAUCCUAAAUCAGGAACUAACUGGCUGAUUGAGACUGUCUGCUUGAUUCAGACCAAGGGAAAUCCCAAAUGGAUCCAAUCUGUGCCUGUCUGGCAACGCUCACCCUGGAUAGAGACUAAAAAGGGAUUUCCAAUAUUAAUCAAUAAGGAAGGACCACGCCUCAUGUCCUCCCACCUCCCUUUCCAUCUUUUCCCCAAGUCUUUCUUCAGAUCCAAGGCCAAGGUGAUCUAUAUCAUCAGAAAUCCCAGAGAUGUUCUUGUGUCUGCUUAUUUUUUCCGUCAUAAAAUAAACCUGAUUGAUAAUCCAGAGUCACUAGGAACUUACUUUGAAUUGUUCCUCAAAGGAAAUGUGACAUAUGGAUCAUGGUUUGAGCACACCCGUAACUGGCUGUCUAUGAGAGAAAAUGACAACUUCCUGUUACUGAGCUAUGAAGACAUGAAAAAGAAUACAAGGGGAACCAUAGAGAAGAUCUGUGACUUCCUAGGAAAGAAAUUGGAGGCAGAUGAACUAGAUCUGGUCCUCAAGUACAGCUCUUUCCAAGCCAUGAAAGAAAACAAAAUGUCUAAUUUUAGUCUUGUCCCAGAACAUAUGGUUACUAAUGGUUUGGUCCUCCUGAGAAAAGGCACAACUGGGGACUGGAAGAAUCACUUUACAGUAGCCCAAGCUGAAGCCUUUGAUAAAGUAUUCCAGGAGAAAAUGGCUGGUUUCCCUCCAGGGCUGUUUCCAUGGAAAUAUCCUUAAAACUUCAUAAUCUUACAUGAACACUGGUGUUUAUUGAAUUGGGUAGUUUUUUCCUAAAAUGUACUAGUAAUAAUAGCAGCAGUAGUAUUAGUGGCCAUAGUAGGAUAGUAGUGGUGGUUGUUUUAUAUGUAUUUGUGUGUGUGUGUGUGUGUGUGUGUAUGUACAUUUCUGUGUGUAGUACCUUUAGGGAUGAGAUUAAUGCAUUGGUUCCCAUGAAGUUGACAUUACAUGUGCUGUAAGCUCCUUUCUUUGCAUCCUAGGAACUAAAUUUGGGGUUUUUGUAAGGGUAGUACACUUCUCUUAACCUCUGAAUCAAUUCUCCAGCCCUAAAUAUUGUAGUCUUGAGUCAUGAAAUGUUUUUUUUUUACUAUACAUAGCCAAUUAAGUCCAAUGUGCUUCACAGAAUUGCAGCUUAAAACAACCCUUGUAAUAUCUGAAAUGCAAAACACUCUACAGAAAUUUGUAGAAAAUUUUUGGUCUGUGACAUUUGGGUGAAAAAUAAAUAAUUGUAUUUAUAGACAUUCAAACCUAAUUUAUCUAGUCUAUGGUAGAAGAUCUUUAAAAUUUACAUUUCUGUUCACAAUUGUGUAUUUGUAUUUCAGUUUUUUCUUCUUUUUGGUAAUUUUUACAGGGUGUAUACAAUAAUGGGUUUCAUUAUAAAACUGGUUCAUACAUGCA